UUAAAAAAGGACUCAAAACUAUAUGCGUGUGUAAUAAAUAAUAAUAAAGAUACCUGUGAUAAAGAUACGUGAUACUAAAUAAACUGCUAUAAAAUGUAAAGCGAUUUAAAUUAAUUAAGGAACCAAUAAACUUUUACUUACUGUGCAUUGCAACUAGACUAAAUUUGAGAGUAAACUAAAGUGUCUGAAAAAAGGAAGCAGCAAUAAAACCUUUCUCAAACCGAUUAAAGGCAACUUAAAACAAUUUCCCACAUGCACUAUUAACACAAUCAGAUCCGGCCCAAAGCAAUUGAUUGGCCAAUUUAGUUGGCUUAAAUUAAUUCCUGCAUUUCAAAGUGCAUGCUGCAAAUAGCUGUGAUCAAAGUUAAGUUUCAGGAGGGCAAAAUGUUUAGAAGCUGUCACUUAAAGUACUGGUUCGGCAGUUUGAUUUGCCUUUUCAUUUUCUGUGAUACCGCGUUUGGCGACUUGAUUAAGGUGGACAAAAACAUAUUGGAGGAUGCCAACCUGAUCACGCCGGAUCUGAUCAAGAAGUAUGGGUAUCCGGCGGAAACCCACAAGAUCCAGGCGAAGGAUGGCUUCGUCCUUACGGCUCAUCGCAUUCCCAUCGGCGGACAACCGGUGUUGUUGGUACAUGGUCUGCUGGACAGUUCGGUGGCAUAUGUGAUACUGGGACCCAAAAGGUCCUUGGGCUUUCUGCUCAGCGAUCUGGGCUACGAUGUUUGGCUGCUCAACACGAGGGGCAAUCGGUAUUCACGUAAGCACAAGCGAUACCAUCGCUACCAGCCGCAGUUCUGGGACUUCUCCUUCCAUGAGCUCGGCAUGUACGAUCUGCCAGCCGCCAUUGAUUACGUCCUUGCGAGCAGCAAGGACUUCGAGCAGAUCCACUAUGUGGGCCACUCGCAGGGCACCACAUCCUUCUUUGUGAUGGGCAGUGAGCGACCGGCCUACAUGAAGAAGAUCAAACUUAUGCAGGCUCUGGCUCCGGUUGUUUUCUGGGACUACAUCGACUCACCGAUUCUUCUCACUUUCGUUAAGUACAUGAGACCACUGGUGUUACUCGCCAGAUCGUUUGGAAUUCACGAGUUUCCGCCGGAGAACGAAGUGUGGCGCAGUCUGAUACACAAGAUCUGCAGCUUCGCCUUCCAGAACACCUGCACCUACUUCAUAAUGGAGCUCAUGGGCGUGGACAACGCACAAUUCAACUCCAGCCUCGUUCCGCUCUUCACGGGACACUCCACCUCGGGAUCAUCGCUCAAGUCCCUGGAGCACUUUGGCCAGCAGAUCCACAGCGGUGGGUUCUUCAAGUUCAAUUACUACAGCGCCUGGGAGAAUCGCAGAAGGCACGGAGCCGACACUCCGCCACAGUACAAACUAACUAACGUCGACUGCAAGGUGGCGCUGUACUACAGUAAAAACGAUCGCCUAACAUCCGACAAGGAUGUGAUUCGGUUACUCGACAUCCUGCCCAAUGUGGUGCUCGAUUACCCCCUUCCCGAUCCUCUGUACAACCACGUCAACUUCAUUUGGGGCAAUGAUGUGAAAACUGUACUCAACGAUCGCAUGAUAGAACUUAUGCGGAAAGUGGACAAUGGCGAAGUGUAGGGGAUAUUCUUUAUUUAAUAUUAUGCCAAUCCAAAAUGUAUGUUAGUAAGAAUGUCUUAGAGAGUAAGGCCCUCCUUUCUGUGUUACCUAAAUUUUAAUUCAUUUGGUUUUUAAGAGUACUUAAGAAGGUUUUCAGUUAACUACUUAGUAAAAUUUACAGUUCUACUACAACAAGUAAUGCUUUUUAAUAUUGCUUA